UCGUAGAGUAGAUCGUUGGUUAAAUAAAUCAAUAGUUCGCGAAUAAAGAAGAAAAUUUAUCGAAUAAAAAUGUUAAAAAAUAAAUCAAAAAUAAAAGAAAUUCAAGAUACAGAAGAGAAAGGCAAAGCUAAACCUGCCGAAGAUGCUUCAUCAGUUAGCAACGCGAAGACAUUUGCAGAUAUUUGCUGGGAUUUUAAAAAUAAGCUUAGCAUCAAAGCAGAUGCUGAGGAAAAGCCACCUGCGAGCCCUGUGCGAACCCCAAAAUACUAUCAAGAUUAUUAUAUAUUUGAGCAACCAAAUUUUGGACUUUUCAAAAUUGUAUCAGAACUCGGUCAUUAUUAUCCGAGCAAUGAUAUGAAGAUUGCUCAAGUAAACAAAUUUGAUUGCGAUUAUCUAUCACAAGGUGACGAGAUGAUAAAAGCCUAUCUGGAUAAUCCCGUUUUAGAUGCAAAUAAUAUUUAUAAGAUAUUCAAAAUGUUAGUUCAAAUAGAAGACCUUCACACGAUGUUGCCGUAUUGUCGUGUAUAUCUGGAAAAUGUUGUAGUGACUGCGUCUGACGGCUACUUAAAAUUUAACAUAAAUGUGCCGUCAAAUGUCAAUAUCGAUGAAAUUCUUAACCCAAUCAUGGACGAAGUGGUCUUUGUGCCACUCAUGAGCCGUGCAGUGGCUCAAAACCAAAUAAAUUAUGCCGUUGACUUACUUAUACAUCAUCAACAUGAGACACUUAUCACCGAUGUUGAACUUUUUCGAGAAGUUGGCCUACUAGACAAACUGGAGGGACAAAUCGCAUAUGUGGAAAGCCCUAGUCCCCGAUUUAAUAUCAAUAAAACAUAUGAUAUCAUAUUUCGUUCUCGGCGUGUACAUUUCCGUUAUCAGCAGCGUGCUUUAGAGUUGUUGGAUGAAGUGCGCUGUGAAUAUCUCUUUCCCGAACGGAAUCCCUACAAAGAUGAGGCUCCAAAAAAAAUUAAAUUACAAAUAAUAAAUAAACAAAUUAUGGAAAACCCCGAACAGUUGCAAGCUGUGGCACAGGUAGUUGGCGGUGCCAACCCUUUUGUUCCAUAUAUAGUCGUUGGGCCGCCAGGCACCGGCAAAACAACUACAAUCGUAGAGGCUAUACUACAAUUAUACAUUUGCCGUCCCAAUUGCCGCAUUUUGAUCACUGCAAGCACGAAUUCCGCCUGCGAUACGAUCGCUUUGAAGUUGUGUGAACAUUUCGAAAAGAAUCCCAUACUUAGGAAGCUCUCAUUGCAGCGCAGUGGCACGAAUUUCAUGGGGCGCCCAAAACCGCCCACGGCUAUGUUGCGUGUCUUUUCGAAAUCACUAUUUAAGAAAGGUGUGAAAAACAUCAAUCGUACGCUGUUGGAACAUUCGAAUUUCUGCAAACGUACAUACAAUUCACCAUCUGUAGAAGUGUUGCAAAAAUACAACAUAAUUGUGGUGACACUCUGCACUAUGGGACGCUUGCGUACCGGCACUAUUGGUAAUUGGCACUUUACGCAUGUCUUCAUAGAUGAAGCGGGUGCCACUACGGAGACGGAAGCCUUGAUUGCCAUAACUAGCGUUAAUACGAAAACUUGUCGUGUGAUAUUGUCGGGCGAUACAAAGCAAUUGGGGCCGGUAGUUAUGUCGCCUGUAGCUGCUGAACUUGGCCUGAAAUACUCGCUUAUGGAACGAUUGCUCGGACGUGACUGUUAUGCGGUUAAGGAGGAUGGUACCUACGAUUAUACUUUACAGACACGUUUGCGUCGCAACUAUCGCUCACAUCCGGCAAUCGUAAAGCUAUACAAUCAUCUAUACUAUGAUGGAAAACUAAUGGCAAAAGCCAAUUUAGAUAAUUUAAUAAAAUGGCAAAACUUUUCAAUUUUGGAUAAUGAAAAUUCACCAGUUAUUUUUCAAGCUGUAUACGGCAAACUUGGAAAAUCUUUAACAUCGUGUAGCUCUUAUAAUAAAUUGGAAAUUGAUGUUAUCAUCUGGACUAUCAAACAGCUUAGGAUAAAUGCAAUGUCCAAAUGUGCUUGUUUCGGUCCCGGGGAUAUUGGAAUAAUUUCUCCGUAUAAAUUGCAAUGUGGGCAUAUAAAAAAACGAUUACAAGAGGAAAACAUCCAGGGUGUCGAAGUGGGCACAGUUGAAAUAUUUCAAGGUCGGGAGAAGCCGAUCAUAAUUGCAUCGUUUGUCAAAUCGUUUUGUAAUUUGGGCUUUACAGCCGAUCCACAGCGCUUAAAUGUCGUACUUUCGCGUGCUCAAUCAUUGCUCAUCCUCAUUGGGAAUCCUCAAACUUUGCAGCAGAACAGCGAUUUCGAAUAUUUAAUAGAAGAGUGCACACGCGCCGGGAAUUUUAGGCAAAAAAUUAUGUCAGUAAGUAAACAGCCAGUGGCCACAGACUUGCCGUCCAUUACAGAUGGAAGUGAAAAGUAAUUUUGUUUUUAACUUUAUUUUACUACAUUGAUUGCAUUAUUUUUCCAUUUUGAAUUGAUAACAUUGUUUUUUAUUCAGUUUACAUUUCUGUUGCAUAAAAUAUCAACCGUUCAUGUCACAUUUUAAAAGUUUGUAUACUUAAAACACGACUUUUUA